GUUUAUCAUUUGGAAGAAUGCAAAGGAUUUGCAAGUAUGGGAGUAAAAAUUAGUGAGCUUGCUCGUAAUGUUUACUAUGAUGGAAUAUGGCGUUUUUGGACUAGACGUAUCGCUACCGUAUUUUUGCCAUUUUUUGUUUUAUUAUAUUGUAAUGCAGCCAUUGUGAUCAAUUUACGGAAAAAUAAUCGCGAAAAUACGAUUAGAAUACUGAUAUUAUAUUGCAUAUUUGGAAUUUCGAUGGCAUCAUGUAAACUUCGUAAUCGUCUCAAAGCAGCAACAAGAUCAUUGAUAAUGGUUGUCACCUGUUAUCUAUGCUCCAAUAUCAUUGAUGUUAUCAUUGCCGCAUGGGAAUAUUUGGAUAAUGCAUCAUUAUUACAAUUGGAAGAAUUUUAUUCGAUUGCAACCGAUGUUUCCUCAUUACUUACCAUAUUAGCUGCUAGUUUACGAUUUCCUAUUUAUUUAAUUAAUGAUAAAAUUAUUCUAAGAGAGGUUCGUUUUACUAUAUGCUUUUUUUAUUAUCAUUUGGCAUUCUGUUUCUCAGUACUAUCGAAACGAUCCAGACGAAAGCAUCAUUUAAAGGGUGAAUUGAAACAACAAUUAAAUUGUCAAAACAAAACUGUUACGUCUAAUUCAACUGAUAAUGUUACGGUGCCUAAAACACGAAAUAGUUUAGGUGCAGUAUUCAUAUCUAUAACAGGUAUUGGCUUAAAUAGAGAACAAUCACAACAUUCAAUUGUUGCGCUAGAAACGGUUCCUGUACAAAUUGCAGUCCGGAUUCCAUUAGCUACCGCAGAACAAUCAUCUUUUGAAGAAAAUGGCGAUCAUGAAACAAUUUGA